AGAUUACACCUUCCGAGCGACAAAGAGCAACGAAGUUUUACAUUUCUAAUUAGGAAACAGGUAAUUUGUCUCCUCAACAUACUUGAAUUACCCGUAGCUAUCACUCAAGAACAGAUGUUAUUUCUGGAUUUAUUCAGAAGCGCGCUAAACACCGGUAGCCUUAAACCAGGGCUGCCGGGCCUGGGCUACGACAAACCUAGAACGGAUGACAGACAAGCACGUUCCUUGCUGCCGUUCAGUUUUUGCAGCCCGGAUCUGGCAGCCUUAGCUAAGCGCGCGUGUGGCGCGCUAGGGCCGUGGACGCUAUCGGUCAAGGGAGCCAGGCGGGUGAGGAGUGGUAGCUGCCGCUAUGGGCUCCCGUCGGAGCAGACCCGGGCCUUCCUGAACUGCGAGCGAGCGCGGUCGCUUGUUCCUCCGCCCCUCGGUGCAAACGGGAAGCCGCAGGCAUGGCCGGAGCGCUGGGCGCCGCGCUCCUUCAGCGGAACCGUCGCUCUUGCCCUGCGGGAGGAGCCCCCGGAGCCCCAGGAAGUGGGAAACUCAGAAGCGGAUACAAUGGCGGACGAGAUGGAAGAAGGAGAGACUUCGCGGCGCUGGGAGCGUCAACAAAUCCAGAUGAAAGAAGAUGUGAUUGAACAAGACACAGAGGAAUGGCAGAGCAAUUUCUCCUUUACUGGACUAGAAAGAGUUGGAGGAAUGGAUUUGUCUUAUCUCAAAGGAGAUGCUACACGUGCCUGUGCUUCACUGGUGGUGCUCAGCUACCCAGACCUUGAGGUCCUCUAUGAAGAUUGCUGCGUGGUGGCUGUGAACGCUCCCUAUGUGGCAGGAUUCCUGGCUUUCCGAGAAGUCACUUUUCUACUGGAGGCUGUGCAGCGGCUGGAGGUGCAAGAGCCUGGCCUCAGGCCCCAGGUGCUUCUUGUAGAUGGAAAUGGGAUCCUGCACCACAGAGGUUUUGGCAUUGCCUGCCAUCUCGGUGUGCUCACAGGUCUUCCCUGUAUUGGUGUAGCCAAAAAUCUCUUGCAGGUUGAAGGUUUGGCCAAUGAUGAGCUUCACAAGAAACAAAUCCAGGACCUUCAGGCAGGAGGAGAUGCAUUUCCACUCUCAAGUACCUCUGGGAAACUCUUGGGUAUGGCCUUGCGCAGCUGUGCCAAGAGUACCAAACCUGUGUAUAUUUCAGUAGGCCACAAGAUAAGCCUUCUCUCGGCUGUGCGCCUGGUCCACUCUUGUUGCAAGUAUCGGAUUCCUGAGCCCAUCCGGCAGGCAGAUAUAAGAUCCAGAGAAUACAUCCGGAAACAUUUGGAAGUCAACUUUGCUCUACCCCUUCCUCAGCCAGAGAGAGACCAAGGUCUGGAAAGUGCCAGCUUGGGGAAGGCUGAAAAAGAUGAAAGCAAACACUGAGUGGACUUCAGUGAACACCACCACCACCACCAAGUUGGCUCUUGAAGGCUGCAGAGAAAAUGCCCAUUGAGAUGGUGACAUCACCAGGGAUGAAUGGAGAGAAAAGGGUCUGAGCAGAAUGGAACAGUUUCAAACCAAGGCCUCUAUCUGGAUUUCCAUGCACUUCUGACCCACAUCCCUUUCUCUACAUUUUUCAAAUACCAACGACCUAACUGCUGUUUGCAGCAUAUUCAUUAACUGGGCUGGGUGAGAAGACGACAGCUAGCUGCUUGGUUUUAAAAAUUAUGAAAUGAAUCAAAAGCAUGAAGAAUUCAGCGAACAGCAAAAGUUGAACAUAAAUAUAUGCAUUCAUUUUCAAACAAUGCCAUAUUUUAUCACUGCUUGUAGCCAGGGUUACCAACUUAGAACUCAACAGCAGUUCCUGGACAGCAAAAGAAGAAACAGAUUGAACAUUUUUGUCCAUCAACAUGAAGGAUCUUGCUUGGAUCUCACACACACACACACACACACAGACUUUUCAAUUGUGUUUUCUAUUCUGAAAUAAUAUGUUAUAUUUUUUAUGGUUUUAA